AUGCCUGACACAAACUGGCUUUGGUUCCGCGUCUUUGCCAACCUGGGCCUCAAGAAGAACGGCGGCAAGUUCUCGCAAGAACGCCUGGAUGCCGACAUCGAACACCUCAACACCUUCUACCGAGGCGGCGGCUGGUCCAACGACGGCCCCGUAGGUAUCCACAUGAUGGACUACUACUCAUCCAGUUUUGCCAUCCAGCUCCUUCAACUCCUGUAUGUGAAGCUUGCCGGCGAGGACGAACCCGAGCGGGCUGCGGAGUUUCGCAGGCGAGCCCAGCAGGUUGCUCUAGAUCUCGUACACUACUUUGACGAAGAAGGCCGAGCCAUUCCCUUCGGUCGCAGUGUCGGAUACCGUUUCGCCAUGGUGUCAUUCUGGGGAGCGCUUGCGUACGCAGAUGUCGAGCUGCCCGCGCCACUAACCUGGGGUAUGGUGAAGGGCAUCGUGAUGCGCCACUUGAGGUGGUGGCAGACUCAGCACAACAUGUGGACUCCCAGCGGAACCUUGUCGAUCGGAUACUCCUACCCGAACAUGUACAUGGCGGAGAACUACAACAGCCCCGGAAGCCCGUACUGGGCUUGCCUUGCCUUUAUGUGUCUAGCAGUUCCUGAGGACCACCCCUUCUGGACCUCUGAAGAAGAGCAGCAAUGGCCUGUCAUCCCCAAGAUCAAGCCUCUCGAGCAGCCAGGCCACAUCAUGAGCAACAUUGGCGGACACUGCAUGCUCCUGUCGUCUGGUCAAGCCUGCAGCUACCCCAUGAAGGGCACACAUGCCAAAUAUGGUGGUUUCGCCUACUCCAGUGCGUACGCGUACUCGGUUCCUCCGGGCCUGUUCUCUCUUGAGCAAUACGCUUUGGCUUCGCAGCUGGGGUUGUCAGAUGACGGUGGUGAAUACUGGAAGACCCGACGCCUCUCGGAAUACGCAGGCAUUGAAACCAGAGACGACAAGCCGGUGCUUGUGUCCGUCUGGAAGCCGUUCCCCGACGUCGAAAUUAAGACCACCUUGGUACCUCCCGAAGAGUCCACGCCCAACUGGCAUUUGCGAGUGCACCAUAUCAAAGCAGGCCGCGAAGUCAUGACGGCCGACGGUUCCUUUGCGAUUUGCAACGAAAACUCGACGAACGGCCGGUAUCUUGACCUCUACGACUCAAAGCUGUGCGAAGGAACAUCGCCAAAGAUCAUCGGUAACUACGACACUAACACACCCGAGGGCCUGGCGAAGGGCAGCGACGGCUCGUUUGCGGUGUCAAAGGGUGCCGUUGGCAUCAAGGCUCUGGAGAGCUCGAUCGAACGGACGGCCAACCUCGUCAACGCAGACCCCAACUCGAACCUGGUCGAGAACCGGACGACGAUUCCGACUCUACAGCACACUAUCAAGCAAGGCGAGUCUGCCUGGUACAUAACGGGCAUCUACGCCAAGCCAAGUGGUCCCAAGGAGGCGUACCUCGACGGCUGGGAUAAGCCACCUGCAAUCCCUUCUUGGCUCGAGGCAGAGAUAAGCGCUGCUUAA